AUGCCAUUCUCCAGCAGAGCUUGCCAAACAUGCAAGAUCCGCAGGGUCAAGUGCGACGAAACCAAGCCAAACUGUCUGAGAUGCACAAAGACCGGCCAAAUCUGCCUCGCCACCAGCGUGGUCGAGCAGCCCGGGUUUGUGAUCAACGUCGAGAACGCAUUUGCAAGCGGCAAGGUCAAACGGCCGAGAGGGCCGCGAUCAAGUCUGACCUUGCUGCGCCCGCAGUUCGACCUGGAAGCGCGUGCCGUCGCGUACUUCUGGCAGGAGCAUGUGCUUGUGUCGGACGACGUUCCCAACGUUGCAAAGAGCUUGUGCGCGUGCAUCGCGGCGUGGAAAGCCUCCUCCCGGAGAGAAUCCGCCAUGGUGGACCUGGCUCUGUCGUGUACGGCGAUGAACGUCUUUUCGCGCGUCAAGCGGCACCCGGAAGCCGGGAUGGAGGCGUCGAGGAAAUACGCGGUCCUUCUGCGCAUGGUCAAGCAGCGCAUCUCCGACUUCGACUCGCCGGCAUGUGUCCGCCCAUCUGCUGCUGAGGUCGACGCCUGCUUGAUGGCUGUCUUCCUCAUGGGCCGCUACGAGGCGACAAGACCUACAGUCAGUUCAACUGCGUCGCUGCAGAGGUCUUUCCACCUUGAGGGAGCUCUCGCAAUAUUGAAGGUUUGGAUCCAGAAUGCGGAUCCGAUGUCUCACGCCACACCCAUCAUCAGGUUCGGCCGCAGAGGGUUGAUCACAUCUUCUCUCCGGCACAACCUACAGCUACCGGACUGGAUACUGGACGGCGAGCGCUUCGGCGAACACGGUCUCGAGCUGGCUUUCGACCGUAUCUUCGUCGGCGCCGUCAAUCUCCAUCAUGCAUGUGAGCAACUCCUGCUGCAGGAGGAUCAUGAUGGAUUAUCUGCCUCGGUGCUAGAGCUGGUGAGUCAGGGGCGUGAGCUUGAUGGUUCAUUGCGAGACUGGGCAGAUUCGUUUCCCCCCGCAUGGGCCCACCAGAGACACACCCUUUCGGAGCCAGGUCCUUGGCCCAAGAGACACACUUACUGUCCAACGGUCUACAGCUUUCAGUCAGUCGGUUACGCCAGUGUCUCAAGCCAAUACUCUGCGACAAGGAUGCUAAUCAACAGCACGCGGCUGAAGUUGCUUGAGAUCUGUCGGCAGCCGUCCUGUCUCGGAUCCCAAUAUGGACAACGAGAAUGGCUUGAGUCGUCGAUUCUUCUCAAUUGCAUGGCGGACCGCUUGGCCUUCACCAUCCCUUUUGCGCUGGGGAAGCUCAAGAUUUCACAAGAAUCCGGAAUGGGGAGCAGCAGCCUGAUCAUGGUAAAUCCAGACAGUGACAUGAAGCCUUGUUCCGCGGCCUUGGUGUGUUGGCAAUUGGCCCUCGCUUCGAGUCUGAGGCGGCUAGAUCCAAAGCAGCGACAGUGGUUUCGGUCUGAGACUGCACAGGUUGGGAGCAGGAUAGGGGACCCAUUCCUCGAAUCUGCAGAGACAGAUGAAUGGCCCGUGCUCUGA